AGAGGACAUUUGGCGCGAGUGUGAGAAUCCUCGUCGUUCUCGGGCCUCCACAAUGAACUACCGCGCUGUUGUAGCGCGUCACGCGGUCGUCUCUCGCUGAGGACGAGGCGCACGUGCGACGACGUGCCUUGUGCUCCUGGCGGAUUCGCGCGGCGAGUGGCGAAACGAGGCGCACGCCGACUCGCAUGCUCGUGGAGAAAGGAACGGGCGGCGGGAAGCGAGCGAGGACGAUAAUAGCAGGGAUACCAUGUGAAUGAUACGGAGAGAACGCGAAGGGCCGAAACGCUUGUGCGCGCGUAGUCGUUGGGCGGGGGAGGAGGGGAGGGGGAUAUUCGUUCCGUAAACCGUGCGACAAACGACGACGACGACGACGACGGCGAUCGUCUCGAUCGUCAUCCCGACGAUGUCCUCGGGCAGGGGCCCGGCGUCGCCCUCGGGCGGGCCCGUGAUCCGCUGCGGCCACCUGAAGAAGCUCAAGACGAUGAAGAAGAAAUACUUCGUGCUGCGCGGCGAGGGGCCCGGCUGCCUCGCCUGCCUCGAGUAUUACGACAGCAAGAAGAAAUUCGAGAACAGGCAGCCGCCGAAGCGCAGCAUACUGCUGCACAGCUGCUUCAACAUCAACAAGCGCGGCGACACCAAGCACAAGCACGUGAUCGCGCUCUACACGAAGGACGAGUGCUUCUGUCUGAUCCUCGACAACGAGAAGGAGCUGGACGAGUGGCUCAAGGCGAUGCUGAGGCUGCAGAGCGGGGACGUGCCCGACGGGGAGCAGCCGCGGCCUACAUUCGAACACGUAUGGCAAGUUACAAUGCAAAAAAGAGGUCUGGGUGCACGGAAGAACAUUCACGGACCGUAUAGAUUAUGCCUCACCGAUCAAACUUUAAGUUUAGUGAAGAUUGGGGCACAGGAUAACUCCGAUUCUAUCGAGAUUUCUCUAAAUUACAUUAGACGAUGUGGAUUCGCGAAUGAUAUAUUCUACAUAGAAGUUGGCCGCUCCGCCGUGACUGGGGAUGGCGAGUUUUGGAUGGCAGUCGAGGACAACAAUAUCGCGCUCAAUAUGUACGAUGUAAUAACGACCGCGAUGAGGAAUUCGAAAAGUAACAAAGACGAGGUGGGCCCUCGUCAGAGAACACGUAGUUCCUCCGCCAAUGAAGCCAGCAAACCUAUAUCCGUUCUCCAGAGACGGCAUACGGGUCAGAAGCUUCAUGGCUUUUCGCCCCUGGAGGAACAGAAGACACACAAGGAGCAAGUGGAACCAUUGCAAGAGCAGACUGCUACUCCCUCUGUUCUCACACAGUGUAGUCAAUCUCGGAAUACUUCCUCCACCAAUACAGUCACGGGUGCCACCGGGCGCGAUCGAUGCGACAGUUUGCCGUCGAGGGCUCGCACCGCCAGCGAGGGACAACCGGCCACGGUCGUGCUGAGCCAUCCUAGAGGGGCCCAUAUCAUGUCGCACGUACCGCGACCGCAUUCCAUGUGUGGCCGAGGCCUCUCGUAUUCUCCGCCAGUCGCGUCGAUGCCUAUCAGCCCGUCUUCCGACGUCUGCUCGUCGGAUUCGGCCGGAUCGUCACCCUCGAUGGACGACUGCGGUGACAAUAUUAUGGAAGAAAGCACUGUCUCGAGGUACGGGCAUUCCUUGACACCCGACGAGCCCGUAAUCUUAGAGAAGAAAGGUGACGACUAUACCCUGUGGUCGACGUCGCAUCCACACCUGAAAUACUCGCCAAACUUUAAAUCUCAUUCGCCCUCUCAGAGUUCCUACCAGAGUGAAAUGUACAGUCCCUGCGGUUCGAGUCCGGGCCGCGGAGGCGCGUAUAUGCCCAUGAGCCCGGCGACAACGGCUCAUUCGCAUUCCCGUGGAUCAUCCCUUGUGGAGGAAAGCAACGUGGACGGCUACGUGCCGAUGGCACCGGUCGGCGAUGACGGUUACGUCGAUAUGGAUCCUGUAAAUAGUCAUAACGGUCACUUUCCGGACGACAUGUCGCAGAACGACGGUAGUAGCUGUUCUGUCACAUCCGGCACGCCUAGUACGGAUCUGCGGUUUUCCGAGUAUCAUUUGGACAAAGUAACCAGCUUUUUGACGCCUGGGGAAGAUCUGCAAGCCAGACCAACCAGAGCUUACUCCGUUGGAUCCAGGCCGGAACAAGCCAACAGGCAUCGUAAAAACAGGUUGGACAUCACUCCGCAAGAUGCCAAUAGAGUACGAGCAUUUUCCGUAGGCAGUCGGUCUAAGAGGCCCGAGAUCGGAAGGCUAGCCAAUGUGAUCACGACGCCGUUACCAACUGGCGUGGACACCGCGAAUUCGAAGUCGAGUUCCGCGCCGUUGCUGUCGAGCUCGUGGGGACACAACUCGGGUUGCUCCGGUGCGUCCGAUCGCAUGGAGGAUCUCAUGGAGUUGGACUUCACGAGGCCCAGUAUUCCAACCGCUCUCUCCUCGCCCCCGUCAUCCUGUCCCCCACCUCAGUCGCAACCGCAACCGUACUCUACUUACUCUACUGCCACCGACACUAGUUCCUACGUCGACAUGUCGCCCGGACAAGCUCCCAUAUCGACCACUGCCCCAUACGUCGAUAUGAGUGGCAUAAAUAAGAUCAAUCGCAAUAACAAUAAUAAUACAAUCACUGCCAACCACAAUCAUAGCCACAUGCAUAUAUCAUCGUUAACUUUCGCCCAUAAACCUGUAAUUACAACUUUAAAGCCGGUAGAGGAAGCGGAGGGACCUUACAUGAAAAUGGACGGUACGAUAGAUAUGGAUUGGACGCAUUCGGAAGCGAGCCCGAAACAAGUGUCGUCGCCCAUUCAGGAGGAUACCUACCAAACGAAUGGGCCACCAGGUAGCACAAGAACGGCACCGGUAGAUCUUCCGCAACCGAGGCGUCCCCCGGAGGGAUACGUCGAGAUGUCCUUCAAAGCGCGGCCGAGUUUAGAGCAAGACUACAUAAACAUGAGCAUGGGUGGGAACAAUCGGAACAAUCGCAAAACACGGACGGGCAGUCGCAAGGAGAAAUCGCGAUCGCAACCAAUCGCGAUUCAGGCGGGCAGCAAGCCGUCGAAAACUCCAAACUUUCUACCUUUGAACGGGAGUCCGACGUCCGAGAGUCUGGCGAGCACGCCUGCCUCGCCGCCGCGGGCGACGCCGACGGGCUCAUCGGCCACGAUCUUUCCCUUCUCUCUGAACAGUCCUCAGUCACCCGUGAAACCUUUCACGAAGAAAAACGACGAGUUCUCCACGACGCGAGAGGGUGAAGGUUUCUCCAACCAGAAUACGAACAAUGACUACGCGGUGAUGGAACCCGCGAAGAGGAUCUGCACGUCGUGUUCCACCCCGCUGACGGAGACGGUGUCCUCGUCGAAGGCGAAUAGCGAGAAGCCACCUAGUCCUGUAGAGCAGAAUGUCCGGGUUAUAUUCAAGUCUUCGUCGUCGCAGGAGCACGGUAAGCCCAUUAACAUAAUAACGAAAAAGCUGUCGGAUCUGACGGUGUCGAAACCGCGUCUCGUCACGGCCUCGCCAAACACCAGUCCCACCCUGACGGGUUUCAAGCCGUCGACCGUGCAACAGCCCAAGCCACCCUCGCCAAAGUUCAUCGACGAGACACCCACGCCUACGCCCACGUCUACACCCACGCCCACGCCUACGCCGAGCCCGUUGGACAGCGAGGGCUACGAGAAGCUUCAACCGGGCGCGACAAUACUGCACUACGCUAGUCUCGAUCUACCGGAGAUCGAUAAUCCAGCGCCCGUGUCGCCGGCGUCCACGCAGGAGAAUUUCACCUACGCCGAGAUCGACUUCGCGAAACUCAAGCAGACCUAAAAUAUGCGCUAUCCUAAUAUGCGCAUAUUUUGCCGCCCCCCUCCCGUUGUCGCGCACGAGACCGUGCGUGACGGGGGGGGAGAAGGGGGUGGCUUGGCUGACGCCUCUUGUGUUCCCCACGAUAGCAACGAGUAGGCAGGGUAUAAUCGAUCGUUCUGACAUUGGCUCGGCUGGUCUAACCGAACAAGGCGCCGGGUAGGAACUGUACAUAUAAUUCAUUUCUUUUUCUCUCUCCAGCCUAAUGGCAUUGUGGCUCGUCGAUCUUUCUAACGUAACGGAUUGGCAGCCUAUUUUAAAUUGUUUGAGAGAUAAGCGUCGUUGGUACCUAUAGUUCUGGUUGUACUGCAUUAAUUAUCGUAUUUUAUCGGAAUGAUGUGAAAUUUUUUAAUAUAUGCGAAGUAUACUUUUCUUUUGUGUCGCUGAUUCCGCAGAGAGUCCUCGAAUCUGUCCACAUAUAUGCUAUUUCUAAUAUUAAAACUAUCGGUAAGAUUUAACGGAAAAGAGCAAAAAAAAACUACGGAAACGUUAUCUUUUAUUUAGUUAAAAUAAUGUAUUUCUAUAAUUGGUCAGUAGAAGGAAUUUUUCUUGGUAUUAGAUAUAUUACUUAGUUGAAUGAGAGUCGCUUGUAAAAAUGUAUAAAUCUUUUUAAAUUUUAAUUUUGUUAGUGGAUUUGUGCGUGUUAAUCUCUUAUCAAAAUUUAUUUUGUUUUGUAUUAUAUUUCCAGAUGCUGACAAGCCAAAUACGUAUAAGUCAAUUCUUUUUUUGUGAGAUAUAUAGACACACGCACGCACGCACACACACACACACGCACACACACACACACAC